AUGUAUCCCGACACGUUCGAGGGCUUCGCCAUUCCGUCCGCCGAGCAGUGGAACCGGCCGAAGCGCAUCGAGUUCAAGCCCAAGCCGUUUGGCGACCACGACAUCGACAUCAAGAUCACGGCGUGCGGCGUCUGCGGGUCGGACGUGCACACGGCCACGGGCGGCUGGGGCAACACGCACUGGCCGCUGGUGCCGGGCCACGAGAUUGUCGGCCACGUGGUGAGCGUCGGCGCGGCCGUGACAAGCGCCAAGGUGGGCGACCGCGUCGGCGUCGGUGCGCAGAUCUUUGCCUGCCUGGACAAGGCCGCCUGCGGCGCCUGCGCAACGGACAACGAGACGUACUGCCCGCAGCAGCUGGACACGUACGGCAGCGUGUACCCGGACAGCGGGACGCUGGCGCACGGCGGCUACGCGUCGCACAUCCGGGCGCACGAGCACUGGGUGUUUCCGAUCCCCGCGGCGCUGCCGACGGCGCUGGCGGCGCCGAUGCUGUGCGCGGGCCUGACGGCGUACUCGCCGCUGGUGCGCAACGGCGCCGGGCCCGGCACGAAGAUUGGCAUUCUGGGCCUCGGCGGCAUCGGCCACUUUGGCGUGCUGUUCAGCAAGGCCCUGGGCGCGGAGACGUGGGUCCUCUCGCGCAGCGACAAGAAACAGGCCGACGCCGAGGCGCUCGGGGCGGACGGCUUCCUGGCGACGGCCGCGGCCGGGUGGAACGAGGCGCACAAGAUGACCUUUGACAUGAUCCUGUCGACGGCGUCGUCCAACGACGGCUUCGACCUCAGCCCCUACCUGUCCCUGCUCAAGGUGCACGGGCGGUACAUUGCCGUGGGCCUGCCCGAGGACGAGGGCUGGCAGGUGCGUCCCCAGAGCCUGCUGAGCAACGGGUGUCUGAUUGGCAGCAGCCACCUGGGCAGCCGGCGCGAGACGCUGGACAUGCUGCAGCUGGCGGCCGACAAGGGCAUCAAGAGCUGGGUGGAGACUAUCCCCGUCGGCGAGGAGGGUGUUGGCAAAGCUCUGACCCGUCUGCAUAACAACGACGUCCGGUACCGCUUCACCCUGGUCGACUACGAAAAGCAAUUCCCAUAG